AUGUUAAGACAUAAAUUUAGUUGUUAUAUUGAAAUUCUUGAAGAAAAAGCUAAUAAAUGGCGUAAUUAUACAAUUUGCUGUGCUUGCUGUGAUGCUAUUGAUAAAGCAGCUGCCAUACUUCAUAAAUUUUUAAAUAAAAGUGAUCGAGUAAAGAAUUAUUUAAAAAAAUGCAAGAAUUUUAUUGAUGAACAAGGUAGUAAAGAAGCAGUAUUAAAAUUAUUAAGUAUUGACUUAGAAAAGGAGAAUGAAGAAUUAGAUACAAUUGUUGGUACCAAAAAGUCUUGUUUAGAACAAAGUGGUGGGAGAAUUUUAAAUAAAAAAAUAGAAAAAAUUAACAAUAUCACAAAAAUAAAGCUUAAAAAUAAUUCUGUUGGUCCAACACUUGCUUUUGACAGUUGGACCAACGUAAUUAACCAAAAUAUUAUAGAGGCAGUUUUUAUUAUACCUGAAGGUGAAAUUUUAGUUUGGAAAGAAAUAGAUGUUAGUGGUGAAAGAGAAAGGUUGAAAGAAGUUAUAGAAAAAAUUGAAUGGAUGUUUACUGAGAUCAUACCAAAUAAAGGACAAGUACCAAAUAAAAAACCAAAUAAAAAUAAAGAAUUAGAAAAUUUAGAGAAUGAAAUGAACGUGGAUGAAUAUGAAAAAUUACUUGAUCAAGAAAAAAAAGCACAAAUAGAUGCAAGUGCUGAUUUGGAUUAUGAUUUAGAAGCAAAUAUUGACAAUUAUUUACUUACUCAUAUACAUCCCGCAAUGGACAUUAAAGCAAAAUGA